AGUGAGCUGUGGGCGUAGUCAGCAGUUAGCAGUCAGCAUGCUGCCAAGUGACAGAAGCUCCAAACAACCAGCUUCAAACGCCACUCAUUCAACAGCAGCCUAAAGAGCGAGCAAUGUCCAGGCAGCCGACAUGUCCAUAUCGGAAAGGAAUACGCCCAGCCAUGGGGCACCCAGCAGCAUGGCAACGCCCUCGCAUCGCCAGCAUCAUCGGCCACCGGACGUUGAGGAGGCGCUCUCCUCAAUGCUCUGGACGCCCUAUGAGCGCACCACGCCCACGGCCAGCUCCUCGGAUGAGGACGAUGACGAUGAGCGGCUCAAUCGCAAGUUGCGCAAAUCGCAAAGCAACUACGAGACCAGCCGGAGCACUGCCCUAAGUCAGCUAUUGCCACCACUUCCAUUGGAAACACCGCCAGCAGCUGCUGCUGCAUCAGCAGUAGUAGCAGCAGCAGCAGCAUCAGCUCUUCCCGUGCCUUUUCCCAAUUUUAGUUUAAGCGGCGGAUGCGCCUUCGAGGCAGCCAAGACGAGUCGAGCUGGCGGCCAUCGGAAUCGCUACUCGUAUCCAUCCUACUACGGCAGUCCGGCGCACACACUCACCCAAUGGUGUUCCUCGGCGGCCACGGCCAUCAAGGAGCCGCCCUCGUAUGAAUCCCUCUACGAGGCCAGCGUCUCCAGUGUGGGCGCGGCCAGGGCGAGCUUGGCUCGCGUCCAGCCGAACAAUCUACAAUGUGAUAGAUCGCAACGAUCCCGAGCAGCAGCAGCAGCAACCACUACAACUGAAAAAAAUGAUGACGAUGAUGAUAAAGAUGAUGAUGAUGAUCAACUAACGGCAAAUGUUCCCGCUGAGCGUUUGGUGCGCUCCUUCACCGAUGACUACAUAUCGCAGAACUGCGCAUUAUACAAUCCAGCAAUAAACGACACACAAAAAGUAACGGCAACAACACAAAGGCCAACAACGACGAAUGCAAGAUCACAACAAAGUGCAGAAAAUCAAAACGACAGCCGAGCGAAUUGCAUUAUCAAUGAAAACAGCGACAACAAUGUUGACGAUGAACAAGAAAUUGCAACAACUACAACAACAACUGGAAACGAGGAAACAGGCGCUGCCUCGGUUGCCGUCUCUGCUGUUGCAGUGCAGGUCAAUCAACCUGUUUCCUGUGCUGCAGUCAAAGCAACAGCAGCGCUCAAUCGCACUCUCAGUCUCAGUCAAAGCCUCAGUCGCAGUCGCAGCCGCAGUCGCAGUCACUGUGUCAGCGACAACGAGCAGGCAGGCAGCACAACAACAGCUGCUGAGAGUGGAAACAUAACAGCGAAUGAGAGAGCAAGCACAACAGCAACUGAGAGAGCAAGCACAACAGCAGCUGAGAGAGUGACGCUGUUGGCCAGCGCUGGUGAGCGGUGCUCAACAACGAUCAGUCUCUCGAGUUCGUUCGGCGCGUGCACAACAGAUGCGUACAACACCGGCAGCAACGGUGGUUAUUGCAGUUACAACAACACAUUAUCUUCGUGGUUGUCGCGGGGGCGCUACAACAACAACAGCAACAGCAAUACGUCGAGCAGCGACAACGCUAGCAGCAGCGACGCGCUGCGGCCCAACAAAUGUUUGGCAGAACUCGAACGUUUGUAUGCCGAAUUUCGCGCGAGUGAAAGUCUCUUUGAGCAUCGCUUGAGUCAGUCGCAAAUUGAUAGCGAUAACGAUAACGAUAGCGAUAUCGAUAUCGAAACGACGAUGCGUUUGAAUGUGGCUGCUGAGUUGCCGCCUGCAGGAACAGGAACAGCGACUGCAACGGCAGCAACACAAACUGCAAAUGGCCACAGCAGCGUGUUUCUUAAAGCCAGCGACUGCAAUGACAGUGACAACAACAAUCAGGCCAAAAUAGCAGUUAGCAGCAUUGCAAUAACGCCCGCAGCAACAAAGUCCUGUCAAAGGCAGCCAAGUCUAACGAUACAAGUGAACAACGGCAGCAGCAACAACAACAACGGCAACAAUUGUGUCGCGUCGCCCACAAGCACAACAGUUGCAACAGCAACGCAAGAGCCAAGUAUUCUCAACAAUAACGGCGUUUGUGUUGUAAACUGUAAUUACAGCAACAACAACCAUAACAACAACAACAGCAGCAUUGUUGCUAUUAAUAAUUGUGCGCCAGCGUCGAAAGUGUUUAGUGCAAGUGUCCAAAAUAAGCUCAAUAAUAAUGCCCAUGUGGAUGUGCAACAUGUUGCUGCCACCGACAGUGGCAGUGGCAGCAGUGUCAGUGUCAGCGCCAGUGCAAAUUCGAAUUCGAAUGCGAGUAAUCUAAAUAAUAAUAAUGCAAAUGCAAAUGCUAAUACCAAUGGCAAUGAUAAGAGCAAUGUGAAUGUGAAUGUGUCCAGUGCUAAUAACAGUGUCAAAGUAAUCAAUGUUAAUGCAACGCCUCCACGCACUUUCACCUCAACCGAAUGCCAAACCGAUGAUCUUACUAACAACAACAACAACAACGACGACGACAGCAGCAACAUCAACAACAACAACAGCAAUUCCCCACAGCAACAGCAACAAUUGCAGCAGCAACAGCUGCGCACACGCGAGCAACGUCGUCGAGAGCGUCGCGAGCGGCGGCAGCAGCAACAACAACAGCAGCAACAAUUGGCACCGCAGCAUCCGCGACGAUUGCAUGUGGAGCGCCAUUCGCCGCCGUUGCAUCCACCACCUCCCCACUUGCAUCAUCCGCAUCCCCAUCCACAUCCACAUGCACAUCAGCAUCCCCAUCCCCUUCCGCAUCCGCAUCCGCAUCCUCAUCCGGCGGCAUUGGGAUUGGCGCGUGCUCUGUUGCCCGACAUUCUGCACAGCCAUUAUCCGCCGCCGUACAGCGCGUUGCCGGGUGGGGGGCCACCCCCUUUGCCACCCCCGCCGCAGGUGGCUGCCCCGCUGCCACCGCCGCCUCCGCCACAAGCGCCAGUGCCAAUGCUAACGCCAGUGAUAUCGACGGUUCCGCUCCCGGGCGCCGCUCCGCUGAUGAGUGAUGGACGCUUCACGUUGCCGCUGCCCAUCAUGCGCAGAUCCCCCUCGGAGCGUUCCGGAAAAGGCUGUUGUGGCCAAUGGUUUGCUGGACCGCCGCUGCGCGCCCUCAUUGCUGUUGUCGCACUGGGGGGCGUGGCCUGUGCCCUCGGUGGCGCAGCGUUGGGCGCCACGGGCUUGGCUGGACCCCCAAAUUCGCAUCUGACGGCGGCCCUUUUGAUGAUUGGCGUUGGCGUUGUGCUGGUCACUGUGAGCGGUGCCGCUUGGCGGAUGACAGCACCCGGUGGCCAAAGCUGCCUCGGACUCGGCACCAGCGUCGAUUUGGCCCGCUGCGGACGUCGACCUUGCACCCGAGGCGGAGGUGCACCGCACGGCCUGCUCUAUCCGGAGUUCCAGCAUCGCCCACCGCCUCCCUCCUACCAGGCCAGCAUGCAGGAGUAUCGUCUGAGACUUUUGCUUUUGGACCGCGAUCGGCAGAAUGGAGUUGUGCGUGGCAACUCGCCACCGCCCACAUAUCGAUCUCAUGCCGGCAGCCUGCUGAGGGCACCGUUGACCACAUUGCGGUCCGGAAUUGGCAAUGGAGGUGGCACCAUCAGCAGCAGCAUGGGCGGCUCAGAGUACAGUCUGCCGCCUAGUUAUCGGUCUCGCAAUGCCACGCCCGCCUCUCUUACGCUAAGCAGUGAACGGACCAUAGAGACGGCACCUUCGGGCCGACUGCUGGCCAACGAGGACUUGCCGGAGCCAUCCGCCGUGGCGGAGCAAUUGCCCGACUACAGUGCGCUGCAGUCGAAUACAUUGCUCACCUCGGCCAUUGUCGAAAUCGAGUCGAGGAAUCGCAGCCAAAGCCACGAAAGCCAGCAAAACGCAGCCAAAAGUCCAACGACAACAACAACAACAACCACGACAAAGGCCAAAGACCUGGUGACUAUUGUGACGAUAUCGCAGGCCAACAGCGAAAACGUGCAGUCAGGUGGAAGGACGCAGGCUCAAUUACCUGGGCAGGCCAGCAGUGCACUCGAUCAAAUCGAUAUAUUGGCCCAUUUGUAGCCCUGCUGUGUGCUUCGAGAAACCCGAAGCUGAAAUCAAGUGGAAAACAUGGCACACAAUGUGAAAAGUCUCUCAGCAGUUUUCCAGUGUCCAUUUUUCUUCUGCAUUUCGAAUAUCAUUUUUUUUUGAUUGUUUGUUUGUUACUCUUAAAAACACACUCGUUAACCCAAAGGUAUUUAUUUGUACGAUACGAAAAACUAAAAAAAACUCUGCUCCUAAUUGAACAUAUAUAUAGUAUAUAUACUUACAAAAUAUAUCUAGAUAUAAAAUUCUGUAUCUAUUAAUAAGCGGCAUUUAGAUAGUAAGAUAUGUUUGUUGUACUUGAAUGUGUUGAAUUUAUUUUUGUAAGCAUAAGAAAUGCGCUACGUAUCUAUACUACGAACUAUCAUUAACAUACGAGUAUUAAAAUAUUCCAAAAACCAAAAAAAAAAAGAAAAUGAAGAGAAAAGGAAAAUGAUAAGACAGAAGGAAACGAAAAGAUGAAAACACAGAAAACCCCAGGAAUUCUGAUAUGUAAAUAACAAUUUCGAGUGCAUUUCUAAGCAUGCGUUAAGUGUAGUUUUUCCCCCAACUCCUCAAAACCCAAAACGAACCCAAAUCACGCAUAUAUAGUACGCACAUCUGGCUGCUGCUAUAUAUGUCUAGCUAUAAAGAAAACUCUGUGUAAAUUCGCAACGGAACGCUACGGUGACAAAUUUUGCGCGCAUUUUCGAAUAACGAAUCAAACGGAAACUGAAACUGAUUUCUGAAUGCGUUUCAAACAAAAUAAAUGAAUAGUUAAACAAAUGUAGAAAGAACAAAAUAAAAUAAUUUAAAAAACACAAAAAAAAAAAACAAAACAAAAACAAUACUUUUCCGGUUUCCGCUCUUGCGUCAAUUCCAUCGAAAUAUGCAAAGCCUUUUGGUUCGUUGAGCUACUUGAUUUUUGAAUUUCUGCAAUUCCAAGCUUUUGAUUUCCUAUACUUUAUUUUGUGCGCCAAUUGAUGCGAAAGUGGAAACCGGAAUGGUCUUGUGAUUAUUGAAACUAAUUACGAAUAAAUUGUAGCUGCUAGCGCAAUAUGAAAAUUGCGUGUGUUAUCAUUAUGAAAUACUGAUACAAAUACAGAUCGUGCAUAAGUACAAUACAGAAUUAAAAAAUAUAUAGAUAUAUACAUAAAUAUAUAUAGAAUUACUUAAACUAACUUAAAGUCCUCUGUGUAAUGUGCAAGGCUAAAUAAACUAAAAGCAAACAUCUGCAAAAAUGUAAUGUUGAAAAAUGCCACAAAAACCGCAAAUUGUUUUUUCUUUCCGCCUGCCAGCGUUCAACAGCAACGAAAGGGCGUAACCUCCUUUCACACCCAUACCCAAACACACACACUCACACUCACACUCUCACACACGCAUUCACAUAGUCGUAUAUCCUGCUUAAUCUAGCGUAAAUUUGUAUUGGCCGAAAGGCCUUGGCAGUUGGAGGCACAGUAAGUGGUCCAGCGAUUAACACCCCCGGCACCGCAAAAAUGUGGAGCGAACACAAAAAUUGACACCUUAUUCCAUUGGCCAGCAAAACUCGGAGGCGAAGUUGAUGGAGGAGCCCGAAUCCGAAUGUGGGGAAAAAUGGCAUGAAAAGUGCCUGCGUCGAACAGUUUGUAUAUCGCCAAACGAAAAAUGCCAAAUGAAAACAACAAAAAUUGGUUGAGCAUGAAAUUGCUGCUGGGCUGUCGAACUGCUGCGUUUGUAUUUGUAUGUGUGCGAUGUGUGUUUGUGUGUGUGUGUGUGUGUAUGUUGUGUGCCUUUAGUAGUAAAGCAAAAGCUGUUGCAUACUUUUCGGCUGUCAACGAAAUACGUGAGGGCAGCUAACCGGAAGCCUCAAACGAUUAUGACAUUAUGUUCCCCACAUCUAGUACACAAUGCCACAAGAACACUGGGACACAAGAACUCUCGCAUUGUGUGAGUUAUUUGCAAAAGAAUAACAGCGUCAAAAAUAGAGGAACUUUGAGGGAAAGGAUUUGACGGCAUAAUAAAAGCAAACAGCUGUUAUGAAGGACCUCAAUUUUAAGUGGUUUAUUUAAUUAAAUGGAGAAACAUUGGCAAUUUGAUGUCAUUAUUUUCAGAGAUUGCUAUUAAAGAACAAUACCCUCUCUAAUUAGAAAACACUCGAUUAAACGCGAAAAAGAUUUCGAAAUUUUAUUGAUCUGUUGAUUUGGAGCAAAUUACAAUCAAUUACAGAUGUCUCUCAAUAAGGUUUACAACAUAAAAUUUAAAGUAUAAUUUAAAUUUAAUUUGUAGCUUAAUAAAUUACGAUCGCAACGAAUUGAUAUUGAUUGAAUUUGACAAAUUAAUAAAGCAUAUUUUUCACAAUUUCUACUGCUGACAAUCCGAUUUCCUUAGAAAUGACUACGUUCCGAUUAGAUGCGGAUGCCGAUGCGAAUGCGGAUUCGAAUUCGAAUUUCGAACUCAGUUUCGAUUGAUGGUGUGCAAUUUAGGCGAUUUGAAAUCCUUUCGCGCGGUUUGUUAGUUGGUUUGUCAACAGCAUCGGCUUUUUUCUUUUCACUUCAACUAAAUAA